GUAUUUAUAGUCUCCCUGUUGACCUUGACCCUGUCAGCAUGAUCAGUUAGUAACAUUUACUCCCCGCACGUCUUGUAAACCUGCUCAAAGAGCCCACGAAUUCAUUUCCUUGAAACCCUAUGCUUUGUUUCAGAUGACCAAGUCGAGCGUAUUUUCUCAAAUACUGGGCACAGACGAAUUUAUAGUGUCUAAACAUCUUUUCUCACGAAAAUGUUUGAAGUCGGUAUUAUUAUCUGCUGCUGUCGGUGGUGCAGUUAUUGGCAUUUUUUACUGGUGGUUCAAAUCAAGGCGUUCGGCAGAUCGUGUUGUUAUAAAUUCAGAGACCAGAGAUAUAGAUGACCCUACAAUUCUUGCAAUGCAUUCCAUGGAUUUUUAUUCCCAAGCCAAACUUUCUAGCAACCGAAGUGUGGGGUCUGUCUUUUCAAGAACUUCAACUGCCAGUGAAAAACCCACAUUUACUUCAAGUGCAAGAAAACUGUCCCAGCCUUCAGUAGCAAAUGACUCAGAUAUCGACGAUAGCUCCUCUUUGGUAUUGGAUUACAAAAGACUUGGUUUACGCGCAUUAGCUGGUGUUGUUGAGCAUCUGGAAUCUCUUAUGUGCAAGGUUAAAGUUCUUGAAGAUAAGGGUUUGUCUCCUUCUUCUGAUUCUGAUCAGUUAAUUAAUGACCUACGUGUUCUUUUGGAACAUGCUUAUCGGUUGCGUGAACAAUAUAAACAGCAGCUAGUGCUUCACGAUGGCAGUUAUCGACAGGGAUCAUUGGAAUCUUUAGUGACUUCACAGGAGGAUACAUCCUCUUACUUCUCUGCAUCUGAACACCUAGAUUUGACCGAGUUAGAAUUACUAAUGCAGUUUAAUGUGAGGAGACCUCUUUAUUACAGUGCUUUAAAAUUGCUGAAUGAAAGUGAUAUUCCUUACCGUGCUCUCAGAACACAAUUUGUUGGUUGUGAACUUGAUAUUGAAUAUCUAGGUAAAGUUCAUUGUCUUCGUCAAGCAUUUGACUAUAUUUUUGAUCGUCCUGAAUCUACUGAUUGGAUGAUUAAAGUUGGAAAACUUAAUGUAUGUCGUUUAUUACAUUGUCUUGGAUACCCAAGUACCGAUUUUGACGAAGCCUAUGAACGACUGAUGGCUUUUGUUAUAUCAAAUCGAAACAAGUCGAAUAGUAUGAUGUCUGAAGAAUUAUAUGCUAAAGGUGUAAAAGUAAUCAAUUUCUAUGAUGUUGUCUUUGAUUUAAUGCUGUUGGAGGCAUUCGAGUUACUUGCCAACCCGCCUAGUUCCGUACUGUCUGUUACUCGACAUAAAUGGUUAAGUGAUAAUUUCAAGCGUUGUGCAUUGGAUUCCACUGUUUGGACUAUUCUCUUAGCUAAACGUAAAAUGAUUAAAUAUCCAGAUGGUUUUUAUGCUCAUUAUUAUAGUAUGGUUGGUACAAUACUGCCUGCAUUAGCUUGGGGUUUUCUAGGACCAAAUGAAAAUUACUUUCGUCUAUGUGAUCGUUUUCGUGAGACAAUUAUUUCAUUUAUUCGUGAAUCAUUCAUCUGUUAUGAUUCAUCGAUUCUUACAACAACAGCAACAACAACGGCAACAAAUGGUUUAUCCUUAGCAUUCCCUGAUGAACAUUUUGUACAACAUGAUGAAUUCGAUCGAAGUACUCUAGUCAAUUGUCCUUCAGUUGAUGAGAAUAUCAACAGUUCUACACCCCCACCUUCUUCUCCUUCUUCGCCUCCUCCUUCUCCUCCCUCUGUUGCUUCUGAUGUAAACGAUAAUGAUGACAGUGUGGAGACAGUUUCAGAGUCUGGACCAACAUUAGUCUGUAAACAAGAAGAUUUCCAUCAAUCCAUGACAUCUAAUGCUGUUUAUCAUCGACAAAUUGGUUUACGUUAUACAACUGUCGAAGAAUUAGGCAGUGAUUUAUACAAAUUGAUAAAUAUUUAUUCUAAAGAAUUAUUAAAUAUCUUUAUGCAUGAAUCACAAUCGAAUGGUAAUCCUUUGCCUGAAAAAUUACAAUCAAAUCCUCUUCAACCAGAUUUACGUCUCAGCUAUGUAGUGUAGAGACGAAAAAAAGUAGAAGAAAGCAUUAGUUACUAUCUAUCUACUAUUUGAAUUGAUUGCGCAAUAGCUUUCAUCAAUCAUUAUUUCACUUUUCUAACUUUUUUCUUACUUGUUCACAACCAAAGCACACCUUGUAUAUAUGUCUAUAUAUGUUUGUAUAUAGAUAGUAAAGUGUCUUUUGUCUUAUAUGUUAGUCACCAGUAUAAACUGUAUAGCGUUCUUUAAUUAAAAACAGUGUCUUUUGUCUAGCUGUAUAUAUACAUUAAAUAUAUGGAUGAUUUCUGAA